AUGGGUCAGGAAAGAGGCAGUGCAAUGGCCACCAAAGGGAUUGUGUUGUUGGUUCUCCUGUGCUUCACCAUCCAGUGGGAGAUUGCUCAGGCAAAAUCCUACAUGGUUGGGGGUGUGACCGGUUGGACCUUUGGAGUUCAGUCUUGGCCUAAGGGAAAGAAGUUCAGGGUUGGUGAUAUUCUUGUUUUCAAGUACCUUCCGACGGCUCACAAUGUUGUGAAGGUUAACCACUACGGCUACAAGACUUGCUCAGUUCCUAAAGGAUCCUUCAUUACAAGAACUGGAAAUGAUCAUAUCAAAUUGAGGAAAGGAAAUAACUUCUUCUUGUGCAACCUGCCGGGGCAUUGUAUUAAUGCAAUGAAGAUUGUAGUUUAUGCCACUUAA